AUGUCUCCAAAUGCUGAAAUUGUAACUUGUGAGGAAGAAAAGACUUUUUUAUUUCAAACUAAAGCUACGGUAGCACCAGAAAGUGUUGUUAUUGUCUUAGGGAAUUCAAGAAGUGGUAAAUCAUCUUUGGUAAAAUGCUUAACACGACACGAUAAAGUUUCCGGAUAUGGUGCAGCAUUAGAGUAUAAUUUUAUGACAGUCCAACAAGAUUUUAAAGAAUCUAGUUAUAGUUAUAGAACAAUGAGUGCUGUUACAGCAUUAAGUUUACCUGAUUCAUUAAAUAUGCCAAUGUAUAUCUUAGAUGGCGAUGAAUCAUAUUCUGAAUUACUUCAAACUGCUUUUAUUCCUCAAUUAUCUAGGACAAUUAUUAUUUUAUGUGCUAGUUGGGAACGUCCAGAAACUAUGUUAAGUAACUUAAAAAAAUGGUAUGAUAUUGUUAAUGCGGCUUUAAAAGUUAGAUAUACAGAAGAGGAAAUUGCAGAGGCUCAAAAAUAUCAAAUUAAAUUAUGGCAAGAAUAUGAAGAGCCUAAAGAAGAAGGAUCAGAUUUAGAAAAAAAUUCUGGUAUGGAUAAUCAUGUUGUUUUGCCUUUAGGAAAAAAUAUUCUUAGUGAUAACUGUGGUGCAUCAGUUAUUGUUGUAUUAACUAAAGUCGAUACUCAAUUAGAAAUGAGUAAUGAAGAGAUGGAUAAAAUCCAAUAUCAUAUUAGAAAAUUUUGCAUGUCUAUAGGUGCUUCAUUAUUUUAUACUUCAACAAAAGAUGAUAAACAAAUUCAAGCUCCAAAUGUUACAGAACGUGAUUGUGUUUUAAUUCCUGCUGGGUGGGAUGAUGAAAAUAAACUUGAUAUUUUAAAAGAAACUAUUACAAAUCCAGAAGAACUUUUUCACAAUACCACUGAUUUUACACCAAAAUUAAAAUCUAAAGAACCAGUAUUAGUUCAAGUUGAAGAUGAACAAGUUUUCUUAAAAAAAAUCCACAACAUUGAACCAAUACAAAAUAAUAAACGACCAAUUAAUAUUGUUGAGUCAGAAUCUGGAAUGCAAUCUAAUAGUGUUUUAGCUUCAUUCUUUAAUAAUCUUAUUAAACCAAAAGAACCUCAACCAUCAAUAACUUUAGGUGGUGUUACCACAUCAGCCACAAAUAGUGGUACGGCAUCUCCUGCUCCAAGCCUUUCGUAG